UUUUGGACUGUACCAACGGCGGCGGAGUAGGGGUGUACUGAUUGGCUCAGCGGUUUUACAGCUCCUGUGUCUGUGUCUCUGACCAUGUACUCGGAGCUCGAGGCUUGGCCCGCAGCUCAAGCGCGUUCUGUUCACAGGCUGGUUCUGGUUUUGGUUCUGGAGGCUGUCGGUCAAAUCCCGCAGGAGUGUCGCUGGACAGGUUCGUAACAGAGGAGAGGGGAGACCGGAGGACACGCGAGAAGGCGAGAGGAGAGAAGACAAUAAAUACGCGCGGGUCAGCCAUUGCUCUGUCCGCUUUCCUCCGCUAAGAAAGGAAGCAGCGUCUUCACAACAACACAGAGGGAAGAGGAAGAGGAAGAGGAAAAGACCGCAGCAGUCUCUGUCCGCCCCGGACACACUGACGACCAACCGCCGCCAACAUGUCGCCUGUGACCUCGCUGCUGCUGCUGGUUAGCAUCUUUAGCAGCCCCAGCGCUGCAUCCUCAGCAUCCCGGAAAUGUGAGGAUAGCUUGGCCACUCCUCUCCCAUACAGCUCCUUCAGCAGUUCAUCAGUGUACGCCCGAGGACAUGGGGCUGGUUACGCCAAACUCAGUCGAAUACAAGGAUCUGGUGGCUGGUCACCCUCAGACACAGACCGUCAUCAGUGGUUACAGGUGGACUUGGGUUCUAGGAAGCAGGUGGUUGCCAUAGCAACUCAGGGUCGCUACAGUAGCUCUGACUGGACCAGCAAAUAUCAGCUGCUCUACAGUGACAAUAAGAAAAACUGGAGGCCUUAUCUACAGGACCGAAACAUUUGGACAUUUGAAGGGAACAUGAACAGUGAGAGUGUGGUUCGCCAUGAACUACAGCACACCAUCCUGGCUCGCUACAUCCGCCUCGUCCCACUGGACUGGAGCAGGGAAGGACGGAUUGGAGUGCGCCUGGAGCUCUAUGGCUGCUCAUAUUGGGCAGACGUGAUUAGUUUUGACGGCCAAGGCGUCAUCUCCUACCGCUUCAGGAGCAAGAAGAUAAAGAUUAUGAAGGAUGUCAUCUCCCUCAAGUUCAGAACCACAGUCAGAGAUGGGGUCCUGCUUCAUGGAGAAGGACAACAGGGAGACUACAUUACCCUGGAGCUCCGCAGAGCGAGUCUGCAGCUCAGCAUCAACUUAGGCAGUGACCAGUACGGGUCCAUUCAGGGCCACACCUCUGUGAUCAGUGGGAGCUUACUGGACGAUGACCACUGGCACUCAGUGGUCAUAGAGCGCUACCGCAGGAAUGUCAACUUUACUCUGGACCACCACGCUCAGCACUUCAGGACCAAUGGAGAGUUUGAUCACCUGGACCUGGACUAUGAGAUCACCUUUGGAGGAGUGGCAGCAUCAGCAAAGUCAAGCUCAGGGGGCAGAGAGAACUUUGUGGGCUGCAUGGAGGGAAUCACUUACAAUGGAGACAACAUCACUAACUUGGUCCGCAGGAAGAAGGUGGACACGUCCAGCUUUCGUAACCUGACCUUCUCCUGCACCGACUCCAACUCCUUCCCCGUCUUCUUCAACUCCUCGUCCUUCCUGCAGCUUCCUGGUCAGAGCAACAGUGACACUUUGUCAGUCAGUCUGUCUUUCAGGACGUGGAACCCCAAUGGCCUGCUGAUGUUCACGUCACUGGCUGAUGGCUGGGUGGAGGUUGGACUAACAGAGAGCAAGGUCACCGUCUACAUAAACGUGACACAAAAGAAGAACACACGCAUUGGCAUCUCGUCCGGUUCAAGUCUGAAUGAUGGCCAGUGGCACAGUGUCCAUCUGAAUGCACUGGAGAACUAUGCAAUGCUGACAGUUGAUGGAGACGAAGCAUCUACGGUCAGAACAGCCAUUCCCAUCCAAAUCCAGACUGGAGGAUCCUAUUACUUUGGAGGCUAUUUCAUGCACACAAACUCCAGGUCACCUCAGCGCUCCUUCCAGGGCUGCAUGCAGAUGAUCCACAUCGACGACCAUCUGGUUGACCUCAGAGCUGUGGAGCAGGGUCACAUUGGAACCUUUGAAAAUGUCAGCCUGGAUAUGUGUGCCAUUAUAGACAGGUGUGUCCCUCACCACUGUGAGCAUGGUGGUCACUGCACUCAGACAUGGGACACAUUCAUCUGCAACUGUAGUGGCACUGGAUACACUGGAGCUACCUGCCACAACUCCAUGUAUCAGCAGUCGUGUGAGGAGUAUAAGCACCAAGGGAGGAGCUCAGGGAGCUACUGGAUUGACCCAGAUGGCAGUGGACCUAUUGCCCCCUUCAGAGUCAGCUGUGACAUGACAGACGAGAAGGUUUGGACCACAGUGAAGAACAAUCUGUCUCCUCAGACUUCAGUCACCAGUGCAGACCAGGAAGGAAAGGCAGUGCUAAAGAUCACCUAUAAUGUCACAGAUGAACAGGUGUUGUCAGUCACUGGCAAUGCAGAGUACUGUGAACAGUAUGUAGCCUAUGCCUGCAGAAUGUCCCGUCUGCUCAACUCUCCAGAUGGCGUCCCAUACUCCUGGUGGGUAGGAAGAGCCAAUGAGAGGCAUUCUUACUGGGGCGGGUCAGGACCAGGGAUACAGAAGUGUGCCUGUGGUAUUGAACACAAUUGCACUGACCUCAAACACUACUGCAACUGUGACGCUGACCUGCGCGCCUGGAGGGAGGACACAGGCCUGCUGGUCUAUAAAGACCAUUUGCCAGUCAGUCAAGUCGUGGUUGGUGACACAAGCAGAGCUGGAUCUGAGGCCAAACUUACUGUGGGGCCACUCAGGUGCCAGGGGGACCGUAACUACUGGAAUACUGCGUCCUUCAACAGUCCCACCUCCUACAUUCAUUUCUCCUCCUUCAGAGGGGAAACUACCACUGACAUCUCCUUCUACUUCAAGACGUCCUCUGCUCACGGAGUCUUCCUGGAGAACCUGGGGACCACCAGCUUCCUCCACAUUGAACUCAGAGGAGCCUCCAUGGUCUUGUUCUCUUUUGAUGUGGGGAGUGAGCGGUUGGAGCUCAGUGUGCGCUCACCUGUGCCACUCAACGAUGACCAAUGGCAUCGCGUGGAAGCUGAGAAAAAUAUCAAAGAGGCAGUUCUGCAGGUUAAUGGACAAUAUAGGGAGGUUAGAGCCACCCCUCCACAGGGACACACCAAACUGGAGUUCUACAGCCAGCUUUAUGUUGGUGCCUCGAGUGGUCAGAGGGGUUUCCUGGGCUGCAUGCGGGCACUAAAGAUAAAUGGUGUGACCUUUGACCUAGAGGGGAGGGCCGAGGUGACUCUAGCUGUGAGUCCAGGCUGUCAGGGUCACUGUAACAGCUAUGGGAUGCACUGCAGGAACGGAGGGAAGUGUGUGGAGCAGUACAAUGGAUACUCGUGCGACUGCUCCCUCACUGCGUACGAUGGACCCUACUGCACUGAAGAUGUGGGUGGCUAUUUCGAGACGGGGACCUUGGUGCGUUAUGACUUCCUGUCAGAGGCGGGAGCUUUUGCGUUGCGGGAAGGGAAGACUUUGUCAGGUGUGCCUGUUCCCAGUGAGGCCAACCUGACAGAGGAGGAGCUAGUAUUCAGCUUCAGCACCUCCAGCACUCCGAGCAUCCUGGUCUACAUCAGUUCUAGGACUCAAGACUACCUGGCUGUGGUGCUCAGACACAACGGCACUCUUCAGAUCCGCUACAGCCUUGGAGGACUGACAGAACCUCACACCAUUGACGUGGACCAUCGUAACAUGGCCAAUGGACAGCCACACUCUGUCAACAUAACAAGAAAGCUGAGAGAGAUUCGACUACAGCUGGACCACUACCCAGUGUACACAUACAGUCUGCCUGAGGCAUCAGACACCCACUUCAACUUGGUCAAAAGUAUCUUUCUUGGAAAGGUCUUUGAAACUGGACAGAUCGACCCAAUUCUGAUCGAGCGCUACAACACUCCGGGCUUCGUGGGCUGUCUGUCCAGAGUUCAGUUUAACAGCGUGGCACCUUUGAAAGCUGCGCUGCGCUCUGGACUGGCAGCACCUGUCAGCACCCAUGGGAUUCUGGUCCCAUCCAAUUGUGGAGCGUCACCCCUGACCAUCUCCCCCAUGGCCUCAGCCAGUGACCCCUGGCACGUAGAAGCAGCUGGAGUUGUUUUCCCCCUCAAUGACAACAAAGGCAGUGAUGAUGGAGUGGAUCGUAACUUUGCAAUAAUUGGAGGUAUCAUCUCCAUUGUGAUCUUCAUCGUCCUCUGCAUCAUGGUGUUUGUCAUCCGCCACAUGUUCCGUCACAAAGGCUCCUACCACACCAACGAAGCCAAGGGGGCGGAGUCUGCAGACUGCGCCGACGCCGCAAUCAUCGUCAACGAUCCGGCCUUCACCGAAACCAUCGAAGAGAGCAAGAAGGAGUGGUUCAUCUGAAGCCGACACCUUUAGGACGGACUGUAUGUAGUUUUCUAAGCAUAGGGAGUAGUAGCAACAUGAGGCGAGGUGACCCCCUCUUGUGGAAGCCUUGAGGAAGUGCCGAGCAGUUCAUUUCAUUUAUGGACACAGGUUGGUAUGAACAGUGAGCAUGUGCGAGGGCGGAGCGUGGCCUGGCCGAGCCCACAUGGGCGUGCUUUUAACUUGAUUUACGAUGGACAUGGUGACAGGUUUGCAGGAUGUAGAGGAUGACAGUGCCAUGAAGUGAAAGACUGAAUGUGUUCAUUAGCUUUUAUUUAUUUAUUUAUUUAUUUGUUAAAUAUGAUUUUUGUAAUUUAUUUCUUUAUUAAUUUGAGUCAUAUAUUUUUUCACAAGAUCUGUCUGCCUUUGUGCGAUGUGCUGAAAUGUCAGACUUUGACCUCUGCAGAGGAGGUUGUGUUUUCAGUGCCGUCUGUCUGUUUGUCUGUCUGUCUCGUAGCAAGAUCACAUAAAAACUAUAGAACUUUUGUGGAAGGUGGGGCAUGAUCCAAGGAAGAAAAAAAAGAUGGAUACAGGAUUUGAUUUUAUAUUUCUGUCAAAUGUCUUUAUGCAUGUGCUCUCACAGCACUUUACAGUGGAAUAUUACUCCCAUUGUUUCCAAUAAACCUCCACAUCUGUAGCAAGUCCUCAUUCAUUUAUUGCAUUUUGCAUAUUUUAUAUUGCAUUUGUCAUCAUUUUGACUGUUAAGGCUUGGUUUUAGUUUAGGUUAAGGGUUAGGGGUUAACCCUUUAGUUGUGAUGGUUAAGGUUGGGAAUGCUUGUGAGUGUCUGCUGUACAAGAAUGUGUGUGUUUUUGUGUUUCUUACCUCUUUUUGGACCAUUUUUCUGUCACAAGCACUGACCAGUAGUCCUCAUGGAGACCAAAACCUGGUCCUAAUGAGGCAGAACCUCAUUUAUGUGAGGAACUGCUUAAGUUAAUGACUACUGUGGUGAAGAUUAGGCAUUAACUUGUUACAGUUAAAGUUAUGGAUCACACUUAGUUUAGGCUAGUUGUGUGUGGGUAUUACUAAUGUUGUGGGGACCUAAAACUGUUUACACGGUCACAUUAUGGGGACUUGUAUUCCUUGUGGGGACAAAAAUCAAGUCCCCACAGCGUAAAUGACUACAUUUUAAGGUGAAGAUAUGUUUUAAGGUUAGGUUGAGGUUAGGGUCAGGGUUUGGGUUAGGUCAGUAGUAAUUGUGGUUAAGGUUAGAGUAAGUCUCCAGCGAAUGAAUGUAAGUCAAUGCAAUGUCCCCUCAAGUCAUGAAUGUCCAAUGUGUGUGUGUGUGUGUGUGUGUGUGUGUGUAUGUGUGUGCAUCAUAGUGACUAUUAAGACCUGAAGGAAAAAGGAAACAUCACACUUUUAUGUUUUUGCAUCCACAUAUCUGACUGCGUGUCCUUAUGAUUUUUUUUUUUAACUUUUGGCUUUUUCACUAUUUUGCUGGAGAGGGUUCAGGUUUUGAAGACUGAGCUGAGUCCUGUCAGUCCACAAGAGUUUGAUUCACUGCUUAGGUCCAACCCAGAUAUCACAUUAUUAUAUCAGUAGUAGUAAUAGUAUCAUUUUUACUUAGGUUGGGGAUACAUUUAGGUGAACGCAAAGAUAGGGAUUGUAUUUACACUGAAGGACCAGCUUUCAUUGUCUUUCUAAAAUGACCCAUAUCUGAAACCUGCAUUUACACCAGUGGCUACUCAUGUGAAAAUGAGUCCACUGGUUUGAGCCUUUGUCCUCCGUUGCACUGGUUGAAGGAGAUUGUGUUCAUUUAUUGUACACUCUAUUUUAUUUUGUCACUAUCUUUGUCACCAAGGAAGCAGUGUGACAUUGACAGUGCAAUAUUUGAUCUGCCCACAAAUGCACGUAUCUGAUUUAUCUCCACUGAAUCUGAUCUGACGCCAUGUGCUUUUUUCCCCGCUCACACCGUCGUCAUGACUCGUAUGAUGAUUUUUGCCACAUGGGAGGCAAAGAUCACAACUUGCACCAUGCAGUGUAAAUGCAGCCUCAGUUUAUUGCUCUGGCUUCAAAGCUGAGGACAGAGGGUUUGGCAUUUGAACACAUGAACAAGACAAAUCCACUGUCAUGGCACAAACUCAUACAGGGUGGCCAUUAAAUGUGCUAUGCAGAAAUGAAAUAAGCACAAAAGACACAGUUCAUCCCAGAAAAGAAGCACAUAUAUUCUGAAAGUACAUGUGAAUAACGUAAUAACAUUGUUGACACAGCCAAGCAGCACAAUCCUGAAAAACAAGACUAAAAUAAGUAUGUGUACGUCUUAAGGACAGAGGUGCAAACCAAACACACAUUUACUCAUGGCUGCUUUUCUUCUCAAGUAUCAGAAGAUCUGAGUUCAACACAAUUGGAUCAAAAUGACUUGAUAAUGGUCAACACUAAUAAUGUAAUAAUAAACUCACUCACUCAAUCACUCAGUCAUUCAUCUUCUCCUGCUUUAUCCUCCCCAUGAGGGUCGCAGGGGCGCUGGUGCCAAUCCCAGCUGACAUAGGGUGAGAGGUGGGGGUCACAUCCUGGACAGGUCACCUGUCCAUCACAGGGAUACAGAGACAAACAACUGUCCACUCUCACACUGACACUGACGGUCAAUUUAGAGUGAAACGUAUUGUUCAUAAAGAUCAAAAAAGAAACCAUAAAGAAAACAACACUCCAAACUUUAAAUAUGAUCAAAAGAGAUUGUCUGAAUAUAUAACUUGACUUGUCACAGCUCAGUGGACUGAAAGGACUCACACUGCUUCACAACGUUUCUCAUCGACCUUGUUUGACGCGAGAUGAAAACGUAUAAAACCUGUGGCUGAAUAUUCCUGACUUCUGAUUGUACUGCCUCUGUAUUGUUUGGACUGCGCGCUCUGUAACGGCAUGCUGUUUGGACCCUGAAUGACACACAGUUGUUUUUGAUAAAGCCGCCCGAGCAUCACGUUGCUUUUUUUCUUCAUGUUCUGUGUAUAAAACUUUGCCUCACUGUUGUUUUUAA